UCGGCUUCCUUCGCCUCGGCAUUUUUUUUACAUUUUCUUGUGAGCCCGCGCAUUGUCGAGGGCCAGGCUGUCCGGCCGAUCAGGAGGCGGAACGCGACCUUGCCGCCAAGAUGUUACAACCACACCGCACAUAAUUCAGCACCAUUUAAGAAGUACUGUACUUAGUCGCAAGCCUGCAGAUUGGAGGGGACAAAAACUGUCGGCGUGGAAGUAACCCGCGCUGGAAGUAACUCGUGAGUAUAUUGCUACUUGCAUAAUUCUCACUGAUACUGCACUUGUCUACUACGGAAUAGCACAUGAAUUUUGGUAAACUUCUCUCAAAACAGCCGCACCUGCCUGAUUUCGGCCUUUCCUCCUACUUGCUCCAAUCAAGACCGCUCUAAUAACUAUGCAGCAUUAGUCGCGAAAUUUGCCCUUACCACUUCGGGCCCGCCGUGGCCCUAUUCGCUCUGCGGAGCAGGGCUCAUGCCGCUGAGCCUUUGGAGCAGGCUGUGUGUAUGCUAUGCAUUUCCAAAAGAUGCAGAGCAAUCAUCGGGGUUAGAGGCCCCAGCCGCUGCUUGUGCACUCCCGGGCAAUGACCGGGAAGUUCCAGCAUAUGUGGAGCCAACUGCUGUAGUAACAACAAGCGCAGUGGUCACUGGGCCAUGUGACACACUACGCGACGAGCCCGCGAGGAGUCUGAGAGUAGAUGCCGAUGCCUCGGUUGACAAGUCAAUGCUGACGGAGCCUGAGCCGGAAGCAUGUGCCCUAGUGCUAGAUGCCGAUGCUCUUCUAUGCCAGCGGUACCUCGCGUACACGGCUGUUCGGCCCGCAAGUGCCGAGAGCCGCUUUGCUUUGGGUCCAAAUCAGCUCCUUGACGAGCACUUAAGAUCUUCGGAGCGCAGCAGCUCCCGUUGGAACGCGACGCCCUCCCCCGCCAGCCACGCCGGCGCCUUCACCCACCACGCGCCCAGCUCCCUACGCGAUGCCAGCUCCGGCUUCGCGCAGCUCAUUACCGCAGCGACAGCCGGCGCGGCCCUCCAGGCCCAGGCCCAAGAGCACGGGCAGGCACAGGCACAGGCGCGCACCCACGCGCGCAGCCGACUGGGGUCGGGCAUGAGCCCGGUUGGCCGGGGACCGAGGCAGGCGGGGCUGGAGGGCUUCGUGCCUGGGCUCUCGCCGUCGCCCUCGGAUCCCGGCUUCGCCAUGCCGAGAUCCCUGUCCGAGCCCACGCACACCACCAAUGCGACAGAAGCCGGUGGGCCGGACCCCGCGGCCGGCGCCUACGUAGGCCAGUUCCCGGAGCCGCCGCACCAACAGCGGCCCGCGCCGCAGGAGGGCGAGGCGUCAUCGCUGGUGCUCGUGCAUGCCCAGCACCAGCUGCAGCGGCGGUGGUUGGUGGCAACGCCGGGCCCGGGCGUAGACGGCCGCCCGGGCGGCAGCCAUGCCGGGGCCCCGAGGGCAGGCGGCAGCUGGUCGCAGCGGAUCCGCAGUCGCUCCAGCUCAGUGGGGCAACAGGCCGAGGCGGUGCUGCUUGGCAGGAUGGGUGCGCGCGCGGUCGGCGACACGGCGGCGCCUUGCAUGGAAGGUGACUCGGCCGUGGCUGCAGUGGCAGCGGCUGCAGGUGGCUCCUUGCACAGGGGGGAGGCUCUGGAGGCGCAGGCCGCAGCGGCGGUUCCUGUGGGGCACCGGCGGCAGGCCAUGCGGAUGGUAGUGGAAGACGGAUCGCACGGGCAAACGGUAACAGCGUCCGCCGCCAGCCUCCUGCCAAGCAGCGAGGCUGCGGCGGUGCCGGCGGGUAACGCUUCCUCCUCACGGCCAACCUUGGUGCCGUAUUACGGCGGGUUUCGACAGAUGAGCGGUUCAAUGUCCAGCCCCAGCCCCCUGCCCACCGGUCAAGCGGAGGAGGCGCAGCAGGCACAGCGACAGGGGGCGCAGCAGCAACAGCAGCUGCAGCAGCAGGAGGCGGCGGGUGCGGCAGGUCUGCCAGCCGCUGUCGGCGGGUCAGGGACAGGCGCCUGGUCUUUUGGCAGCGGCAGCAACAGCAUGCAGUUCAGUGCGACUUGCCGACUGCCUAGCGGCGCAGCCGCGUCUGCAGUGGACUCGAGCGCCGGCGGAUCGGGCGGUGGCUCUUCGGCGGGGCUGGAGCACAUCUCGCUCUUCCCCAUCACGCGGCACACGCCGCACGCCGCCCCGCUGAUGGCUGUGCCUGAGGCAACCACCAUCGAGGAUGACGACACGCUAGGGACAGACGGCAUGGGAUUGGCACGUGACACCCUGGCUGGGCUUUCGGUGGAUCCCGCGCUUAAUCACGUGGGCGCCGCCGACGGCACGGCAGCGGGCUUUGCGAUGCAUGGAGGGCUGGUGAGUGGCGGCGGCGCCACCACCACGGCCGGCACCGGUCAGGCGGCGGGCGCGCACGCGGCCGGGGCGUUAGGCCACUCGGCGACGGGCACAGGUUGGCCGGCGAGCAUGGACAUGAUCCCUGCAGCCGCCACGGCAGCUGCGGCUUCUGAGGCGCGGCGGCGGCAGACUGCUCAACAGAAUCUGCAGCAACAAGCUGCACACGGACAGCACCAGCCAGCAGACCUUUCACAGGGGCAGCCCAGGGGAUCCGACUUCGGCUUUCCGCAGCACCAUCCACAACAGCCACAACAGCCACAGCUACAGCCAGCGCAACAGCCAGAGGCGUGGAGCAAUUCGCAAUCAUCGCAGCCGGCCGCUGCGGUUACUGGGACGGCGCCGCCUGCAGCUACGUCCUCCCGCUGGAGAGCUGCAAACGUGGGCGGCGCCGCGCCGCCGGGCCUGUUUGGCGCGACUGCCACGGUAUCGGGCCCGAGCGGCACCGGUGGCACCGGCGGCGGCGGCGGUGCCGCCGUACAGGGCGUGCUCCAGCGCCUGGGCUCGCGCAGGAGCUCGAGGGAGCAGAGCAGCGGGCGGCUGUCGGCGGUGGCGGCCAAGCCGGGCCGACUGCCGCAGCAAGCCGCGCAGGUGGCGCUGCUGCAGAUGCUGCAGUUUGGGUCCACGGGCGCGGUGCCGCUGCACCAGCUCGCCACCUGCGACAUCAACCGCCUCAGCCGGGAGCUCAUCGCGCUGCACUGGGUGGGGCAUGGCGGCGGAGGCACGGUGUUCCAGGCCGCCUGGCAGGGCGCCACGGUGGUGGCUGUGAAGUUCCUGCUGGCGCAGCAGCCGGCGCACGUGGACGCCACCGCCCUGGAGGCCAUGGUGUCCUUGGCGGUGCGACACCCCAACGUGGUGCACACCUACUGUGCGGAAGUGACGCGGCUGACGGAGGCGUCCUUCGCGGAGCCCGACCACCCCGUGGAUGAGGACGGCACGGGGCGGCCCUGGGGCAUGACGGACGACACCUCACACAGCGCCAGCGCGCUGUACAAUGCGCUGAUGAUGAGCUCCUACGCCGGCCCGGAGCAGUUGGCCACAGGCGCGUUGCGGGCCCGCUCACGGCUGCACCUCAUGUCAAACGCCAUGGACAGCGGCGCGGCCGGCAGCUCGGCCGGCGCCACGCCACAGCAGCCGCACCAACAGCAGCAGCCGGGGCCGCACCUGCUGACUCAGCGGGGGUCUCGCGGUGGUGGGGUCGCAGGCCAGACCUGUAAUGCGCUCAGUGGCAGCGGAGCUCCUGGCGCGGCGGCGGCGCGGACUCAAGCCCAGCUGGAGGGGGUGCGUACGGAGGCCGCGGGACACGCGGCCGCCGCUGGAGUGGCGGGUGCUGCUGCUGGCACUGCGCACGUUGACACACCCGCCGGCACUGAGUCACCGUUCUUCUCGGAGGAGGGGUUCGGCGAGCCGGACCUUGCCGGCCACGGAUUGGGCUGGAGCGUGCGGCAGGUGCUUGCGUACCUCAAGGCCCGGCCCGGCAUGUACCUUACACACAUCAUCAUGGAGCACUGCGACCGCGGCUCGCUGCUGUCCGCCAUCAAGCGCGGCGUGUUCUCCAUGGAAGGCCUGCCGGAGGAUUCCGGCAGCCCCGCGGCGGCGGGCGCCACUGCCAUGGGCAGCGCGGCCGGCGGCAUCAUGGCCAGCAGCAGCACCGCACCGGGCGCGGGGCUGCAGACCAGCCGCACCUCGGUCACCGCAGCCAUGGCGGCGGCGGGUAUGGCGAGCGCCGGCACAGGAGGCGGUGUGGAGGCAGGCAGUCCGAUCCGCCUCUCACGCCGCGUGGUGCUGCGGGCGUUGCUGCGGACGGCGCGGGACGUCGCACAGGGCAUGUGCCACCUGCACGCCAACGGCAUCAUUCAUGGAGAUUUGAAACCCGGCAAUGUGCUGCUGCGCGGCUGCCGUACCGACCGGCGCGGGUUUGUGGCGAUGGUGGCGGACUUCGGGUUGAGCAAGCUGACGCACGGCGACAAGCCGCUCGAGCUGCACCACUGGAGCACUGUGACCGUCAUGGCUCCGGAGGUGAUUAUGGGCCGGUGGCGGAAGGCCUCAGACGUGUGGGCCUUUGGCGUGCUGCUGUGGUCGAUGCUGAGCGGCGACACAAUGCCGUACGGCCAGGCAUCGGUGCAACAGAUCCUGCGUGGUGUUGCGUCUGGAACGCUCAAGCCGGACUGGCCUACCCAUGGGCACCCGGCACUGGUGCGCCUGGGCAAGGCCUGCCUCAGCACCAAUGCCGACAUGCGGCCGUCAUUCGAUGUCAUCGCCAAGGUGCUGACUAAGAUUGAGGGUAACAUCCGGAAUGAGCUGAGGGCGCAGCGUGCUGCGGUGGUGCAGCAAUUGCAGCAGCUGCAGCAAAAUGAGAGCAGUGCCAGCGGCACUGUAGGGUGCCGCUUGAUGUGGGGCAGCCGCGGACUGAGCGGCGCAGGCGUCCAUCCGCUCGAGAGGCUGAGGACGAGCAAUGCGUGGGUUUAGUACGGUAGCCAAGAGACCCAAGCAUAACAGUUCAUCUGCUUUAACCGGAGGCCGGACAUGGUUCAAUUAUUACAGUGUGUCGGGUCGAUGGCACGUUUUUUAAGCAAACGCAAUGGUCAUUUACACGGGGCUUACCGGGCUACUGGCCGAUCGGUGAGCAGCUGUUGACGGGCCGCAAGGGCAUGCUGCAUGUGGACCAUCAUCCUCGUGCUUUUAUGCUAGGGCUAUUGCGGACAGGCUGCACGCACAUGGCUUGGCUGAAGGUCGCUCGAUUAUAGGCGGGGCACGGUAUGAAUGUGACCUUGCAGAAAGAUACAGUCCGGCACGGUAUGGGCUGCGGGCGCAGGGGCCUGCCUUGAAGGCGGAACGCUGGCAUGGGAGGCGAGUCGCAGUGCCGUCGGAGUAGUGUUUGCUGAGGCCGAUGUACAAGUGUUGCGAAAGCACGUCUACCUGCAGAUCAACCUCUCGAAAGGCAGUGAAUUCUUUUCAUCGAACAAAACGAACUGAAUGGUGCAUUAAUGACCGCGAAGAUGGGACCCCAUCAGGCCCACGGGAAAACCGUGUGGAGCAAGGUGUGGAGCCGUGUUAUUAUCAAGGCUGGCUGGGUUCGGUGCAGGAGGCGAGCACUGCGGCGUCGUUGGUCGCGAGGUACGAGGUGGAGAUGGGGAUGGCGGAGAAGGCGCUCGACAUGCCCGUGGUCACCAGCAGCUACGAUAUCAGAGCGGCUGGGCGCCGAGGGCCGCUCGGCGCGCUCAGCCAAGGCGGCGGAGACCCGGUAUGGCUGCGUCCCCUUGUAGAUGUUGCCGAGUGAAGGGCGUGCGAUGGGACAGUUGUAAGGCAGGUUGGUGAAGUCCCGAACCCAUUGGGAUGCUGUGUGCGCUCGUGGCGUCUUGGUGCAGCUGAUUCCCGAACCCCAGCAGAUGGCAAACAAUUUGCAACGGCAGGGCAGGAGUGCGCGGCUGGUCGAACGCCGGAUUUGCUGUACCGACGAGUUGCUGGCUGGCUGGAAGUUUGCUGAUGCGCAGAGUGAAGGGCGUUGGUGUGUGCAAGUGGGCUAGCGGAGUGGCUGGGCAACGGCGUGGCUGGACCUUUGAACGACCUUGUGACGCGCUGCGGCGACA